CUCUCUGAAGCCCCCGCGGCUCCUGGCGGCUACCCAAGACAAGUGGCCGCGAGAGAUUCUCACGGCAUGAGCGGGGGAUCGUUACGUACGACCGACUGCGAGGAUAUCCACGGCCGGGAGGAUUUCCACGACGAUUUCCGCGCGAGUACGCGUACCAAAGCAUCCACCACGGCGCGCAUCGCUCGCCGAGAAAAACCGUGGCGUGCACGUUACCAUUGAUUUCCGUUGGCUCGCACCCACGGGAGACAGGUGUGAAUUUAAUCGCUGCGCUACAAGCGGAAAGAGAGGGAGAAGAAAGCCCAGUGUCAGAUGGUCCCACGGAUUCAUGCGAUAUUACUGUAAAUACCGAGACGCCACUCUGGGGUCGCAUUAAAGUCGCUAAUCGUCCUCGUCUACCUCCUCGGGUCGGUUGUACCUGAGCAAAUCGCGGCAGAGUGGCUUUUCGAACGAUCUGCAGCAGAGUCUCACAGGAACGGUCAGCCCAACUGCGCGUCAACAAGAGUCGGCCUUCGCAAGGCGGGACUAUCCCCGCCAAAUCAUGAAUAAGGUGAAUGAUCGAGUAAGGUCGCCAGGAACAUCACGAUGUCUGACCACCACCAUGUCACUCUCAGUUUCACCCUCAAGCCCUGAAGAACCUGUCACGCUGGUGGAACUGACCAGCGUGCCGGGUGGCCAGAAUGCGAUGGCUCAUCUCAAAAAACGGAAGCUGGAAGCGGAAUCCGUCAACCCGAAUCCUAAGCAACCACUGCAGCAACAGCAGCAGCUACAGCAACAACAACAACAACCGCAGCCGUUUCAGCAACCGUUGAACAACAAGAAGGGUGCGCAACCGACCGUGCUGCAAGAGAUGGAGACAGCUGAUGCUGCCGCGAAACGCCGGAGGAAAAGUGUGCGCGAUGACGAGACCAGGAAAUCGUUGGAGGUGAACGACCUAGGGAAGAACAUACCGUUGCCACAAAAGAAACGCGCGUUCAACGCAGGCAACUCUGGCAGCCCGGCGAGGAAGUCAAGCAAACACUCAGAAGAGCCCGAGGACGACGAGACUCUGAUCAGAGAAACGGAGGCAGCGUUGAAAAGCUUGUCCGGAAGCUGGCCAGGUCCGAGAGGUUCCUUGUACCAAAGAGGGAACUCGGACGAAGACAAGUAUGAAUCGAACUUCGAGAACUUGUUCGAGGAAAAGAAGGACAACCCGAAACUGUCGCCGCCCUCCAUAUCGAACUCGUCAACAGCCAGCAACGACGCCGGUUGUUCCCUAAAGGACGUGAUCACGUUCCGUGGUCAACAGGAUCGAAACACCAAAUCGCAACAGCAACUGAAGCAACAGGACUUUAAUAAGCUUCAACAGCACUCGAUAAAAGCAAAAAAGGACUUGGAUAGUUUCAUAAAAACGGAGAUCGAGUGUGCGAACAUUCAAGGACAAGUGAACAACGUGAUCCCGAACGAACCGGGCAAAAUCCGACCAGUUCCGGUAAGAUCUUUGUCGAGCAAAGAACGGAACGACAGGAGCCUCGUCGGUAGCCACGUGGACCCCCAAGGUCGGCAAACGGACAAGUAUUCUAGAUACGAUCCGCCGGACUUCAACGAAUUGGUGGACGACUCAUCGAACGAGCUGGAGAUCGACAUGUCAGAUCCGACCGCCGAUAAAGAGGACGCUGACAGAGAUAAGAUGAACGACAGGGACAGAGAUCGGACGUGCAGAAACGGUCAGUCACCCCAGAACGCGGCUAGGCAACAUCAGCAGCAUCAACUCUACUCGAACUACCAUAGGCAAUACAACGAAGGGAACAUGAAAGUACUGCCAAACGCCGCAACGACCCCAUCCUCGUCGUCGCCCCCGACGAAUUCUCCGUUCUCAGCGACGUCAGCGUUCAGGCCGCCGAAUACGGACCAUUCGAAGGGCACCGGUCGCGGCACGCCGUCAGUGGCCGUGCCAUCCGCAGCAAUUCCACCUAUCGGUCCAUACCCGGCAGCCGCCACGUUCGUCGGUUACCCGACGCCCGGACCAGGGCCCACGAUGCCGACACCACAGCCGGUGACGGGCAUAUCGACCGCGGCAGAGGAUAAACAUUCCUCAACAGUCUCUCUGCUGCAAUUGAAAUCGCCGAAGGAAGAAGCCCAUCACACGGCUAGACGCGAGGUUGUUCCCAGCUCGGUACCCGGGAGUAAAAGUCCCACGGGCCCGUUGCCGGCGGUGACGAGUCCAGACUCGUCUAAGCAAUAUACGAUCCUGCAACCGGCUGGAUUGGGCUCUCGAGCUGCCAGCGCGAUUCAAGACAUAGCCAGAGAAGGGGUGGUCAGUGUCACCGCCGUAACGAAUUGUAACCCCGCGAACGGUGGCAACUCGACGAACGGAACUAACGGGAGUAACAAUAGUAACGGUAGUAGCUGUAACGGUAACGUAGCCGCGAAGACCGUGAGCAAUAAUAACAGUGGUGGCGCGAGCAACGUUAACGCGAACCCGACCAGUAGCGGGAACGGUGGCAAUGUGACCAGCAUCAGCAUUAGCAUCACCGCCGUCUCGACCAGCACCACCACGUCUAGCAGCACGACCAGUGGCGACGCAUUGACCGGAAGUGGAACGGGUCAACAAGAGAAUGUCAUGAAAAUGCCGGAGAGGCUUGGCGGCUUUGACACUGGGAGCAGGUCCGGAAUGUCCAUGUCCACGUCCAGUCUCAGCAGAGAGGGCAACAAGUGCCCGACCCCAGGCUGCACGGGGCAGGGUCACGUGACCGGGCUCUACUCUCACCACCGCAGCCUCUCCGGUUGUCCACGAAAGGAUGAACUGACGCCAGAAAUUCUGGCGAUGCAUGAGACUAUUUUGAAAUGCCCGACGCCUGGCUGCAACGGCCGUGGCCAUGUCAACUCGAAACGGAACACGCACAGGAGCCUGUCCGGAUGUCCCUAUGCUAGUAAGCAGGCCGCACGCGAGGCGCGACACAAGGCUCAAGUGUCCGGAAAUCCGCCAGAGUACAUCAGCACGACCCUGCUGCCGCCGUCAAUGGACAGCAAGAGCUACCAAUACGGAUCCACGGCGCAGGACACGAAGCCGGUACUGAACAGCCUGACCUACGACUAUUAUACGACAACGAAGGGCACGGGGAUCAACAUAAAACCGCCGAAAACGCCAGAGGAGAGCCCCGCGUCCCGCACCACUAAAGUGGUCCCAAAGACCGAGAACAUGACGCCAAGCGGCAGUUGCUGCAACACGUUGCCGGCCAGAGGGCAGACCACAUCGGAUUUAUUGGUACCUAAAACGGAGGACACCGGUUCCUGUCGGGUGAACUCGCCUCCGCCGCCGCCUCCACCCACCGUACGACCCACCUACGACUCGUACAUGAACCAAGACUCGAACUCCUCGUCAUUGUCCUCGAUGGACGCCAUGGGGUCCAGGGGAUCCAUCGGUGUCACGAUACAUCAUCCGAGUCAGCACCCAACGCACCACGUGCUACCGAUGCAGCCUACGGUCGCCUAUCCGAUGCCGAUGGUAGAGGACACGAGGAUGAGUCAUCAGAUGUCCCAGAGAUCUCCUUAUGAAUCGUCCGCGAUGAUGGCGGCGGCGGCUGCAGCGGCCGCUGCUACCACCAGCGAGGAGCUCUAUCAUCACAGGUCGGCGGAACACGCGAGGGCGUAUAUGCACCCCGGCGCGAGCAACAUACCGAGGCCGGUCGUGUCUUAUUCUAAUGAAAUCGCUACCGCGAGAGGUUACGAAAACGCCGUGGUUAGCGCCGCUAACCAUCGGCCUUACGAUCCUGGUACCACGUCCGCCUACGAACGGUACGACACCCAGGGUUGCCCGCCGAUUCCCUCGCAACAGCAACAGCAGCAGCAGCAACAGCAGCAACAACAGCAGCAGCAACAGCAACUGCACUCCAGGACGAACAUGUAUUACCUUGGGCAGACCGGAAUGACGCCGGAGGAACAGGAACGGGUGUAUCAUCAGGAAGCCGCGGCCGCAGCGCAGCAACAUCAAAUGGCGAUGGCUGCUGCCACGGCUGUUGGGAUGAUGAAGACCGAGGAUGUGAAAUGUGUGACAGUAGCGCAAGUUCAGCAGAUGCAAAAGCCUGGUGGUCCUCCAACUUCACCAGGGGGCUCAGUGAUGGACUUGUCGACUUCCAGCGUCACGUCAACGAGUCCACAGGCACCACCGUACGGCUCCAACAGUUUAAGCCCACAAUAUGGUGGCGGCCAAACCGUAGGCGGCAGUCCUCAAGCGGCAGCGAGUCCGCAUUUGACGGCAAGUCCGCAGGUUCCGAGUCCGCAGGGUCAGACCCUGGAUCUCAGCGUCAACAGGCUUCAUAGCGGAGCACCUAGUCCCCAGUAUCCGACUGGCCACGGCGAAGCGGUUGCGGUGCCAGUUGGACCUGGAUUCCCAGCGCCACGACCAAUCGAGGAGCAAACCGAGCCUGUCGACUUCUCAACGGCGAACGAGCCAGUCAAUUUCAGCGGGGGGCCGGGAAUCAGGCCUGUACCAGGUUUCCCACCGCCCGGAGUGCACGUCGCAGCGUACAGUCGAGAGAGCACCCCCGACAGUGGCGGUUCCCACUACAUGGACGCCUACCGUGAUCCCACCGGGUACGGACCAAUGAGCCCGCAUCCAGGAUACGGUAUGACGGGUGUUCAGCCGGAAUACCCUGGAAACACUUACACCCCCUACCCCACCGCAGGUUACAAUUGCGGAACUUAUCCCGGUGGGCCUGUGACUUCCGGUUACCAAAUCCCAACAGGAUACACGCCGACACCAUGCUAUAGUAUGCCACCACCGCAACACACGGUUGGACCUCUCGAUAAACCCACCGGUAAAGACGAUAGCCUCUCUGGUUGUCCGCGGGCCGAUCGUUCGCAGAUCCAAGCGCAUUCGCAGGAACUGAAAUGUCCGACACCAGGCUGUGAUGGGUCAGGACACGUGACCGGCAACUAUUCCUCUCACAGAAGUUUAUCCGGUUGUCCACGGGCUAACAAACCGAAGAGCAAGCCGCGAGAUGGACAAGACUCUGAGCCAUUGAGAUGUCCAAUACCCGGUUGCGACGGGUCUGGCCACGCCACUGGCAAAUUCUUGUCCCAUCGCAGCGCUUCUGGCUGCCCAAUCGCGAACAGGAAUAAGAUGCGAGUAUUGGAGUCAGGUGGUACAGUGGAGCAGCACAAAGCAGCCGUCGCUGCGGCGACAGCGAUGAAAUUCGAAGGCGUGAAUUGCCCGACGCCCGGCUGCGAUGGAAUCGGCCAUAUAAACGGUUCGUUCUCGACGCACAGGUCCCUAUCCGGCUGCCCCAUCGCCGGACACGCGGUGAAGAAACCGAAGUUCGAGGACAUGCCGAGCAUGUACAGCAAAGGAAUCGCCGGAGUGGACACCAGUGGUCCGGCUCACGGGGGUGCGGUGGGUACGGGUCAGGAUAACACGAGUGGUGGCGGUACCGCCAGUGGUCAGGGCGAGGAUCUCUACAAACUCGAGGCCGAGAUUACGGAGCUCCAGAGAGAGAGCGCUCUGGUCGAAUCGCACAUGUUGCGCUUGCGCUCUGAUAUCACCGCCAUGGAGAAUCAGCUGAAGCAAGGUGAAAAGGAAACUACGGUGAUUUCCCAGCGGAACAACAACCUGAACGAGUAUUAUCAGUCGCUGCGCGACAAUAUGAUCACGUUGCUGGAGCACGUGCGAAUACCGAACGCCCCGGGCGGACCGCAGGAGAAGAUGGGCCACGAAAACUUCGACAGUUACCUGACGAAGCUGCAGACGCUCUGCACCGCCGACGGUUAUUGCGCGGACGAGGCGAACAGACCGAUAUACGAGACGGUGAAGACCGCCCUUCAGGACUUCACGGUCCUGCCGACACCCAUCUGAGACCAUCCUUAAAGCUCGAUGAUCGGUUGCAGCGGGUCAUGGACGCGUUUCGCGCAGUGACCGAUCGUUGUGACGAACAAUGAACGUAGCUGGGACUAGGUUUACCAAACGGGACGAACUUGUGCGUAACGUCGUACGUGAACGUAAAUGUCGGCGGUUGGUAAACGACAUGGCGAACGAAAAGGGAAUUUACCCUCCCACGCCAAAGACUUCCGGUCGACGCAAAGCACGUCGCCAUACUUCGCUGGGAGGAAUCGACAAGAAGACAAUGUUUUUACGAAUUAUCGGAUGAUCCGAGUGUCGUCGGGGGACGAAUGCACGCCGACGACUGUAUAGACUGUCAGUAAAUGUUACAACGGUAUCUAAAAAACAAAGAAAUGAACGGCAUCCCCGUCGAUGGUCAAAUCAAUCCGCGGACUGACGUAAAUCAUAGCGAUAUCUUUUGUACAUAAACGAAACUCAUUACCACGUAAGUAUUAAGGCCAGCGGCACAGUAAUGGCCGGGCAGUCAUCAUGUAAAUACAGCGCGACAGAGGGUGAAGGCGUUUCUAUCGUUUAAGGGACGUUGUCAGUGUAGUCAUCUCAUCUCUAAGAUAUGUAAAAACAAUGAAUGAUAAGGGAAAAUACGAAGAACGGCACGGCCGGCGACGACAGGCCGAUUUAACUUAGGUGUAUAUCGAAUCGUAUCGCUCAUACC